AUGGCCCACCUGCGGGCCUCCGAAGUCCGGCAGCUGCUGCACAACAAGUUCGUGGUCAUCAUGGGGGACUCGAUCCAGCGCGCCGUGUACAAGGACCUGGUGCUCCUGCUCCAGAAGGACUGCCUGCUCUCUUCCCGGCAGCUGAAGGCCAAGGGCGAACUGAGCUUUGAGCACGACGUGCUGCUGGAGGGCGGCAGGAGGGGCCGUAUGCACAAUGGCACCCACUACCGCGAGGUGCGCCAGUUCCGCUCCGGCCACCACCUGGUGCGUUUCUACUUCCUCACGCGCGCGUACUCGCAGUACGUCGAGGACGUUCUGGAACAGCUGCGGGCCGGGGAGCACACCCCAGACGUGGUGGUCAUGAACUCCUGCCUCUGGGACCUCUCCAGGUACGGCCGCGACCGCGACAGCUACCGCGACUUCCGGAGGAGCUACUGCAGGGACCUGGGGAGCCUGUUCGGGCGCCUGGCCCGGGCCCUGCCGGAGAGCUGCCUGCUGGUGUGGAACACCACCAUGCCCGUGGCCCAGACCGUCUCGGGGGGCUUCCUUCCGCCCGGGCGCUGGCCCAGCUGCACCCGCCUGCGGGAGGACGUGCUGGAGGCCAACUUCUACAGCGCCACGGAGGCGGGCAGGCAUGGCUUCGACGUGCUGGACCUGCAUUUCCACUUCCGCCAUGCCGGGCAGCACCGGCAGCGAGAUGGCGUGCACUGGGACGAAUGGGCGCACCGACACCUCUCGAUGCUGCUUUUGGCCCACCUGGCGGGCGCUUGGGGCGUGGACCUCCCCUGUCGCGGACCCAUCAGGGAUGGCCCAGCCGGCAGACGUCCAGACCCCAGGGGCAGGAGGCAUCCCGGAGACAGCCGAGGUGACCCGACCUCUUCAGGGUCGCCACCCAGGCUCCCGUGCCCCCGCGCCCCUCGGCAACCUUACGUGCCCUAUUCCCAUUCUGGGCCGCCGUUUACGCCCCACCGCCAAGACACCUAUUUGCCUUCCGACCGGUCUUUACAGGGCCAGCAAUUCUCCAGCGACACCUUGGCGCGCCAAAUCGGAUACAGCAACGAAGCAAACGAGUCACAGCCGGGCCCCAUCCGCACAGGCUCUGCUCAGCACCAAGGCAGAGGGUCUUCCCCUUACCCUCCCCGGCGCCCCAGCAGGCCACACAGACACCAGCGAAGGCACACAAGUAGACGGACCUGA